GCUCAAUAAGCAGGACGACCGCUGUCGUCGUGAUAGAUCCAUUCUUCUCGAUCCUUGUACGUGCUAGUGCAGUGGCACUGGCAGCAAGUGCAGCAAAAGGCAAAAAAUCUUGACUCACGACAAAAUUUUACAGCGCGCGAAAAGAAUAAGAAAGCCGAGAAUUCGUUUCGCGUGCUUGAGUUCUGCGUUGCUUUUCCAGUUUCCCUUUUCUUUUUUGAUUUUACAGCGACACCAUGCUUUUCCAUAGCUAGUCUCACGAUUUCUAAAUUAAUUUUUCACCUAGCAAUUUGUUCGCAAUCUUCAUCUUGAUCUCGUAGUUUUCUGUGUUAAUGAGUCGAUCACAACUUGAAAGAAGAAAAACAAUGACACAGCACCGUGCUAUCGCAGCGGAUGGUCGAUUGUUUUCAAUCCCACUAUUGAAUGGCGCAAAUUGAUCAGAGGAGUCGUUUCCGCAACGGCAGCCCCAAGCGGUGACGACCGACAAGAAGUAGAGUCCCCUCCUCGACGCCACGUGCAUAUUGCGGCGGCGAAAAGUUACUAGACUCCCGACCGUCACGACCUUUUCGAAAUGUACCAGUACCCGCAAAACCCCCACGGCGGCCUAGCCGGUUUCCACCAUAUGGCCAACGCCAACCUUAUCCCCGGUUCCGGCUUACAAAUCCCGGCAGGCCAAGCACCACCCAUGCCCGGGCAAGUCGUCCCGCCGCAAUUACUGGGACGAGGAAUGAUCGGGGCCAACCUGGGCAGCAAUCCUAUGGUGCCACCGCCACCACCUCCAGCAUCCGGCAUGAACUACCCCGACGUUGUCAGAACAGCUUCAAAUGCCAACCAAACUUCUUACUCGUCCACAUCCCAAACCCUCCUCACCCCUUCCCUGGCCCAAGCGACCGGCGUCGUGCAGAAACCGGCCCCGAACCUGACCGCCCGGUCGCAAGUCAGCUGCAUCUACUGGUGCUACGGGCACUGUGUUCGCGGGGAUUCCUGUCACUACAAGCACGACCCCAAUCACUUCGAAAUCUACAAGGGCCAGUAUGAGAGUACACAACUCCCCCUCCCGCCCCUCAUUUGUCAUGCAGCACCCGACAACAUCUAGUCGCUGCCCUGUGGCACUGUUUCCAUGACAAAUUCCGGAAGCCCAAACAGUACUACAUCAGGUAUAUCAAUUUGUCAUGCAUAUGCUCCACGUGUGCUGGUGUUUGUAUUGCUGUUCAUGCCAUACACAUGAGGGGGACAGGGAGUUGUGCACUCUCAUAGCCAGCCGCCGGGCUUGCCGCCCCCCUCCGGCGGCCCCCGCCCGCAAACCGGCAUGCACGCGGCCGGGGCGGUGGCAGGAGCUGGUGGAACCACUGCGGGCGGGCUUAAACCAGGCUUGCUCCCUGCGGGCAUGUAUCAACUGCAAAAAUGUCUGGGUCUGGAAACUUGUAAUGCUGCGUUGGGAAUAGUGAAUCAAUGCUCUAUAAUGCGCAGGCAAGCAUGAGAAAUACAAAUAUCUGCGCUUCUUUAUGACAGGCAAAAGGGUCUGUUCUUGGACACGCAUCACAAACUUUUUGGUCAUGCCAGACAAGCAUGACAAAAUCUCAAAUCUUCCAGACCAAGACAUUUUUGCAUUUGAUAGCAUGGUCGCGGGACAACCGAAUGAUAUCCGGAACGCGAUCUCGGGCGCGGAGAAGGAACUGUCGACGAAGGUUUUGGCCAGCAUAAUACCCGGCUUUGCCGGAUCCACAGGGACUGCUGCAGGGACCAACGGGAAGACAUUAAACGGGGGCGACCAGCAAGUGGCCCUAGACGAAGCGGCACUGAAUCCUCUGCUACUCGGGCAACAAAUCCUGGUUAACGCAGCGGCGGUGGCGGCGACGAGUAUAAUAAUGUGUUUUUGAGUGAUCAUCAACAUCUGUUUCUGUAGGAAUGCUUGGUCAACAUCCGCUCGUCUAGUUUGGGCUUAGGGUUUAGGGUCACCAGAAAAAGAAUUUCAAAUCACAAAGACACACAUCAUCACCCCCACCAGGUACGGCCCAGUUGACCGGUGGGCACCUCGGGCUCGCGACCGCGCCCAUGAAACUCACCGAUUUGAACAACAUCGACUGUGGCCAGCAGCGGUACGUUGGCAUUGUGAAGUCGUUUGACAAGUUGAAGCAACUCGGCUACCUGCAGGCGGACGUUUUAUCUAAUCGCUUCAUCGGUUACGACACCCCACAGAAAAUGGAAGUGGCGGUUAUGAAAGAGGAUUUCCAGCGGCUGAACCUGUACGCGGGCUGCAUCGUUUCCUUCCAACUCGCGAUAUUCGCGCCGGACCACAACGGCAGCUUCCGCGGCAAGGAAGAGCUGGAAGAAGCGGCGGCGGUUGGGAGUAGUGCUGGGUUGAAAAAACUGCCCUCGGUCAUGGAGCUCGGCGGGGAGAAGAAACCAAUCGUAUAAAUGAAGAUGGAUUCUCAUUCUUUACUUACACGGCUUUUUUUUUUGAUUUGGUGUCAAGCUCAUGCACUGUAUUUGAACCGUUUGAAAUUGUUGAUGAGGUAAAUCAAUCACUACAUUCGAUUUCGAAAGACGUUGUGCAAGAAAAGCAGGAGUGCAAAAUAGCAUCAAUUUCAUCAACCUCAACUUUUAUUCCAGGCCGAACAAGUCGAGCUGGUCGACCCGAUGUUGUUCGUCCCGGGCAUGCCGAAGGUCGUAGCCAAGAAAAAAACGAAGAAGAACCGGCAAGCCCUGGACGAACUGGAAAAAAACCUGCCAAACGCGAUCGACUUGGCGCAGAUUCUGAAAGACGUGGAAAACGUGGCGGAAUUGGUUGAAAGCGAGCUCUUUGUCGUGGAAAAAGAAAUUUUAACCCGGGACUUAAAGAACCUCGAGGAGCUGAAACGUGAAGAGCGAAGGUCGUUGAAGAGAAUGAGGCGGGAACUGAAAGAAAAGGCGAGCAAAGAUACAACUGGAGGCCGCGGCGGUGACAAGGACAAGAACAAAGGAGCUGCUGAUGAUGACGACAAGAGACGGAGUAGAAGCCGGUCCAGAUCUAGGUCCAGAUCCGACAGAUCGAGGAGCAGUCGGAGUCGUAGCCGACGACGGCCGCGCAGUAAAGAUCGACGGCGGAGGAACAACAGUGGAAAUAAACGAAGCGCCAGUCGCGACCGGCGCGGGGGUCCCCGGCCGCCAAGAAGAGACGGAACGAAUUAUUCGAGGAGUAGGAGUGCAAAACGAGAUGGGGAUAGGAAGAACAGCAGGAGUAGAAGAGACCGCGACAACACGAGAGACCGGGGCGGG